AUGACUGUGUACCCAGUUGUGUCGCUUUUCGACCAGGAGAAAAACUACCUGUGUGUCUACGAUUUCCCAGACAGCAUAUAGGGACAUCUCCCCUGUGGGUAACAGGCUCAACAAAUCAGUUUGGUAGCUGUCUUGUGUGUCUCAUAUAUGUUAUGUUGGGAAGGUGCAGACGAAAGGUGUUGGGUACUGUUGGGUAGUCGGGCGUUUUGUGUGUCGCACCCUAUUAGUUCUAACACAUGCAAUCUCCAUCAGUUUACAAACAUAUUCUCAGUUUAGUAUG